AUGUUUAAUUCCAUUUAGAAAGGAUUAUAGAGAAUAGAUAUAUUUGGCUAAACAAUAACUCUUAACAUGAAUAAAAAUGCAAAUUAUACAACAUCAUUUGGUGGUUGUUCUUCAAUAAUGAUAAUUUGUUUGUUGAGUCUUAUUUUCUAUUCAAACAUUGCAGAUUUUUUUACAAAAGCAAAUGUGUAUUAUAAUUCCUAAACUGUAUUUUCUAAUGAUCCUAAUUACAUGAAAAUGAAUGAUAAUAAUUCAAUGUUUGCUUUAUCAAUAGACUAAAGCAAUUUUACAGAUUUUCCAUUUUUUAAUAUUACAAUGGAAUAAAAGUAAGAAUUUAUCGAUCUAGAAUAUAUGAAAGAUCGUUAAAUGGGACAAUAAAAAAAUCAACAAUAUAAAUACCUCUAGAGCCAUGUACAUUGGAUAGAUUUAAUAAUGUAGUUGAAUAACAGGAUAUCGAUACUAAUUUUAAUGACUCAUUUAACUAUUUAGGGAUGAAAUAAUGGUUAUGUCCAAAGUAAUUUAUAUGAAUUAUAUAGGAUUAAUUAUUCACUGGAGUUAUAAGGAACAUACUCCAGUGAAACAUUUAAAUUUAUCAAAAUAAUUGUAUCUGAUUGUUAGAAUAAAUCUAAUUCAACUUAUUGGAAUCCUGUCUGUGCAAAUGAAGAUUAAAAGUAGUUAUAUUUAAAUACAUAUGGACAAUUUAAACUUUAAGUCUUUCAAAUAAAUACUAUGGUUAAUCCAUAAAAGGCUUAAAAUUAUAAAACUAUGUAUUUAGAUAGUGAUAUGUACUUUUCAUUUGUACCUAAUAAAUUAUCAAGAUUAGCUAAUGUUUAUUAUAGAUCAUAUCUUGUUAAUAAUGAUUAAAGUUUAUUACCUUAUGAGUAUAUAAUUGAUAUAAAGAUUAGAGAUAUUUAGAGAGAGGAAAUAAUAGUAAGAAAAGCUGAAGAUUUUAGAGAUUUAACUGAGUUAGGUAGAGAUACAGAUGAUAUCUAUGCAACAAUAUAUUUAAGAAGAAGUCCUUUUAGUGAAAUAAUUGAUAGAAAUUAUUAAAAGCUUGGUGAUCUCUUAUCUUAUUUAGGAGGAUUUAUGUAAAUAUUUAGAGUAAUAUUUGGAUUUUUUAUUGCAUUCUAUAAUAGAACAUCUAUGUUAAUAGAAUUAGCAAAUAGAUUAUAUGAUUUUAAAGAAGUUACAAAUAGAUCUUAUGUGAGAAAAUGUGCUUUUACUUAAAAUAUUGGUGUAAUUGCAACUCCACCAGAUGAAAUGAAUACUAGUAUAAAAAAUCUACCAAAUAAUGAUUUAUAAAAAGUUGAAUGGAAACAAUUCAUAUAUAAACUUGUUGAAAGAUCUUAACCAAUUAAAUUAAAUUUAAAGAUUCUUAUAAAUGAAUUAAGUUGUGGAUAUUUCUUCAAUAACACAAACUCAUAAUUUUUUACAAAAGCUCUGUAUUAAUAUUAACCUAUUUUAAAGGAUCAAAAUUAAUAAUGAAUUAGAUUUACAUAAUAUUCUUCAUUAAUUAUAAGAAGUAUCUAAAUUGAAAUCAGUAUUACUGUAAAAGCCUCAGUAAAUUCUAUUUAAUUUUACUCCAAAACCAAUCAUCACUCUAAAUUAAGAGAAUAAUGUACCUUCAAGAAUAGAACUUGAUUAUUAAAAUAGAUAAUCAUAUAUUCGAAAUAAAGAAGAUACACUAAAUGAAGAACUAUUUACUUAACUUUAAGAUGUAACUAAAUUAAUUAUUAAGGCUUAUAAAACAGUAAUAGAAGAAAUGGAAAAUAAUGAAAACAAUCUUAUUUGUCAAAAAACUAUUAAUUCUAAGUUGAUUAAAUAAAUUGAUAACGAAUUAGGAAAAUUCUUAAAAAAAAGACGCUUAAGCUGUUUAAAUUAAGAAGAAAUCUCUUGA